GGGUGGGUGUGGGUGUGGGUGUGGGUGUAGUUGUGGGUGUGGGUGUGGGUGUGAAUGUGGGUAUGGAUGUGACUGGGGAAGUGGGUGUCGAUGUUAAACUUACCUUAAUUCAUACACACACCCACACUCACCCCUAAAUUAUGAAGAUAACUAUUUUAAUCAUAGGAGAAGCAGAAGAAAUUAUCGAAAUUAUCCAAAUACAAAUGUUGGAUUUUAUCAUAAAUUGAACUAUGGCCGAAAUAUUUAUUAUAAUCGUAAUUAUCGACCACCACCAUAUUAUCUUGGCUAUGGAAUUGUUAAUCAAUCUAUUCAACCACUGGCACAAAGAAGAUUUGUUCGAAGAACAUCUCGUCAAAGAAGAAUUAGUCAAUAUCGACCAAGAACUUGUUCAAAUCAAAGACAUAGUCGAUUAGGACAACAGCGUAAACGUUUUCCAAGGCAAAUACGUUUAAAUGAUUUUAUGCCAGUCGAACUACGUGAAGCUUCACCAAGUCUUCGAGUAGAUUUUAAUUUAGCUACAACUGCAGCUACAACUACAGCUUCAAAUAUAAAUAAUGUGCCAGUUGAUGCAUUACCACAACGUGUAAUUUUUGCUACAAAUACAACUCAACCAUUUGAUGUAAAUAAUGAAAAUAAUAAUCAACAGCAACAGGCCUAUGGUUCAAAUCAACAGCGACAAACAACAAUUACUACUACAACAUCAUUUCGACGUCGACAAAGACGAGUUCGCCAACAACAACAUCGUGAAAAUCAAAAUGUUAUUGAAAAUAAUCGAUUUGAUGUAUUGGCUGAAAAUGAUCCAAGUGAUGAUGUUGAUUUAAUAUCGAAUGUCGAUGAAAAUGAACCAACUUUGUCUACAAAUAGCAAUAAAAGGGUAAAAAGUAAAAAGGAUAAGAAAAAGAAAAAUCGAGCCUAUUUUGCAUAUGAUAGUAUUAUGGCAUGGGUUCAAAAUGAGACAUCUUCAAUUGAUAUUCUUGAUACAAGUGGUAAUCAUGCUUAUUUUAUGGCUUCAAUUCCUAUUUAUGAUGAAUGGAUUCGAGCUAAUUAUGAUAUACAAAAAAUCAAUCAAUUAUCAACUUUAGUUGCUCAAGCCAAUGCAACUAUCACAGAUUUAAAAAUUCAAUUACGCACAUACUGGUCACAAGUACCAGGAUAUAGAAAAAUUAACCCAAUAGCUGAUAAUACAACCCAAACUGCUAUGCCAACAACAGAAUCUUCAAUUACAAUAGAAGCAACUACUACUACAGCUGCACCUGUAACUCCGACAACAGCUAUAACAGCACAGGCCACAGUAACAUCGAAAUCAGUAGUUGUUUCAUUAAGUAUUGAAAGAAUUCGAAGUAAAACUGAUGAACUUGAAAAAUUAAUAUUAAAAUACUUGCAACAUUGUACUCAACACGUAAAGAAAAUGCAUGAAACUCAUAUUCAAUUAGCCAAAAUACAAAUGGAUGAAUUUAAAGCUUUAGAAGAAUUUGAACAAAUAACUACUCCAUCUCAGUGGAAUGUUCAUUUGGCAUUAAAAUCUAAAAUGAAACUUUGGUCAACUAAGCAUAAAAAUUAUCUUACAGCCACAAAACGUAUUGAAUAUGAUAUGCCUUCAAAAUUCAUUGAAAAAGUUGAUUUAUCCUUUAAAAUCGAUGAAUCUAUUAUUAAUCAAGAUGAAGCUCAAGCUACAUAUAAUCAAAUGCGUCAAAUUACAAAAGAAUUUCGAACGCAAGCAAUGACAUUAUAUGUACAAUCAUUAGGUCGAGAAAAUGAAUUAUUAUCAAAUGAAAUUACACGUAUUAUUGAAGGAUUUCCUCAAGAAAACGAUGAUGGAUCCUAUGCUGAACCUGCUCUAAUUAAUCAAGCACAAAUUCGAUUAACCGAGGAUGAAUAUGAGUUAUUAAAAUUAGGUCCUCGGUUUAUUUAUAAUGAUCCACAAACGGCAUCUCGUCGACGUACAAUUGAACUAGCAGCUCUUAAGCGAAAAAUAGAAGCUCGAUUCUUCGACAAAAAACUUAGUCCUGGUCGUCCUGUCGAACAAUUUAUUGCCGAAUUGGAUUUAUUACUUCAAAAAUUACAUAAUGUAUCAAUAAAUAAUCAAUAUCAAAAACAUAAAGAAUUAAAUCAUAUUUCAUUUGAAAACUUAUUAUCUACAAUACAAUUAAGUCAAUCUCAAAGUAUUUAUAUAAAUUCUACAAAAAAGAAGAAAAAUUACAACCGAUUAGUUAAACGAUUAAGAUAUAAAUUAAAAUUAACUAAUACAAUAUUACGGAAAUCAGAUAAAUCAAAAGUAUUCCAUUUAGGUCGAUCAGAAGAUUAUCAAAAGAAAUCUGAAGAAUAUAUGGUUAGAACUGAAGCAUAUAAAUGUUUAGAAACACAUAAUCCAUUACCAGAUCUAAUUAAAAGAACAAAUAAAUAUUUGUUAGAUUUACGAUUAGCUAAAUGGAUUACUCAAAAACAAUAUGAAACAUUAUGUAUUAAUCCAAAUGAAGUUGAACUUCCACAUCUAUAUUCUUUACCAAAAGCACAUAAACCAGGUACUCCUCUUCGUCCAAUAAUUUCUGGUCUAAAACAUCCUACAAUCAAAAUAUCUAAAUAUCUUGGCAAUCUUCUUCGACCAAUCUUUGAUAAAAUGGCUUUCGAAGAUAACUCAGAUCUUUAUACAAUGGUACCACAAACUGGAGGAGUAUUAUCUUUAAAGAAAAUUUUAGAUUAUUUAAAAUUAAAAAGAGAGGCUAUGGGUUCUCCUCUUACUUUAACUAUUGCUAAUUGUUAUAUGUUCUUCUAUGAACAGCAAAUUAUUAAACAAAUAAGCAAUAGUGGUGGAUUAUAUUUUCGAUAUAUUGAUGAUAUAUUUAUAGCAAUAAACUGGCCAGCUCGACAUUUAUUCAAACAAAUUGAUGGAUGGAAUCAUUUUGAUGAAAAUAUUAAAUUAUCAAAAAAUAUUGGUUCAACAGCUGAUUUUCUUGAUUUGCAUAUAGAAAAUCAAGAUGGUCAAUUAUUUACUACAAUUUUUCAAGAACCAUUUUAUGAACCAUAUUAUUUGCCAUUUAAUAGUAUCCAUCCUUUACAUAUGAAAAAGAAUAUAAUUUUUACUAUGUUACUUCGUGCCAUCAGAUAUUGUUCAUCAUUUCAAACUUAUUUAAAUGAGCGUGAAAAAUUACGAAUGGCAUUACUAUUAAAUAAAUAUCCAAAUAGAUUUAUAGAUGAACAAUUUCAUAAUAUUUUAGCUAAAGUUAAUAUUAAUCAACCAUUAAUUUUACAAAAUUAUAAUGAAUGUCGUAAAACGGUAAUUAAUCUUCCAAUAAAAGAGAAGAUUCCUUUGAAUUAUGGAACAACAAUGUUUAUACAUUUUACAUUAUACCUAUUUUGGGUACUCGUAAUGUUAACAAUCUCCAAAGACGAUUAA